AUGAAUUACACUAGUAACAACAACAGUUUUCCUCCUGGUGGCGGAAUGGGUCGUCCUGGAGGAGGAAUGGGUCCUCCUGGUGGUGGAAUGGGUCCUCCUGGUGGUGGAAUGGGUCUUCCUGGUGGUGGAAUGGGCCCUCUGCCGGGCUUUGGUUUAGUCCUGGCUUCAUUUUACAUUCAUUGUUUAUCAAGUCGACUGUUUCGUCAAGAAUUUUUCAAUGUAAUACAUAUUAUUCGUAAUCGUCGUAUUGGUGUUGUAACGCAAAUAUUGGGUUUUGAAGCCACUCAAACACGAACACAAACUCAACUAAUUCGUUUGCAAGGAGGAAAAUUCACAAAAGCAUAG